GACAGCAAACGUCAGUGUUGGGUCCCCACGUAAACGGCAAAUGCUCGUCGCAGAUCACCGUCUGCAUGUAGUAACGCCGGGAGAAAUGAUUACGAGUGAUACUGGAUUUAUGAGAGGUCACGGAACGUAUGUCGAAGGUGAAACAAUCAAAGCUGCAGUGGCAGGAAGUGUGGAGCGAGUUAACAAACUCAUUUGUGUGAGACCUGUUCGCUCAAGAUAUGGUGGAGAGAUUGGAGAUGUUGUCGUUGGAAGAAUCAUUGAAGUUGGUCAGAAGAGAUGGAAAGUUGACACUUUCUCUCGACUUGAUUCUGUUCUUAUGCUUUCAUCUGUCAAUCUCCCAGGAGGGAUUUUGCGUCGACGAUCAGCAGAAGACGAGUUAAUGAUGAGAAGUUAUUUCAAAGAAGGCGACCUUAUCUCUGCUGAAGUGCAGUCGGUUUUCUCUGAUGGUUCGUUGUCUCUGCACACACGAAGCAUGAAAUAUGGCAAAUUGAGACAAGGUUGUUUGGUGGCUGUUCCACCUUUUCUUGUCAAGAGACGCAAAACUCAUUUUCACAACUUACCUUGUGGUGCAUCUCUCAUCUUGGGAAACAAUGGCUACAUAUGGAUUGGAGCGCUUGCUACAGAAGGUCAUGAUGAUGGUGAUAUCAGCAACUCAGAAACAAUGGAAACAGACAUGGUGGCGAAUAAUGAUGUUAAUCAUGAGGUGAUUGCUCGACUACGAAACUGUGUUCUAGCUCUGACAGAUCAGAAACUGCCACUUUAUGACACAAGCAUCUUGUAUGCAUAUGAUGCAUCUGCAGGGCACCCAGUGAAAGAUCUUCUGAAGCCUGAAAUUAUUGAGGAGAUAACAAGUCAUGUCAGACAACUUUGAACAACUAAGUAUAAUGUAAGAGUAAAUAGUAAUCGAUGUGUGUGUUGUAAAUUUUAACUAAGGAGAAGACGUGGCAGAAGUCGUAAGUGGGUGAAGUUGUUUUGUCUUCCAUUUUACUUUAUGUAAUCUUGAACAUUUAGACAUCACAAACAAUAAACUACUGUGUUGUAGUGAUAGUAGGCUGCACGAUUACAAUUUAAACCUUUG